AUGGAUGCCCUAACAGAUCAGCUCACCGCGCUGCGUAGGGUUCGUUACAUGCAGGUUCACCAUGAAGAAAUUGAGAAACGGUCCAGAGCGUCUACUUAUCCACAGGAUUCCGAUACAGGCACAGACAAAUCUCACCUCGAGAAUUACACCAAUACCGAGAAACAGAACACUCUCAUCAGGUUCUUGCAACUACUCGAGGAAUUACCAUCACAGAAAAGCAUGGAUAAAAUUACUGACUUGACCAAGUAUAACAUCCAGAAUACAUCAUAUGAAGUUAUCGACAACUAUUUAUCUAAGCCAAAGGAUCGACAUCCAGACCCUUCCUUCCCAGAAGAGAUUGAAAAAUGGCAGGCAGAAGAAACCGCGUUCAAGAAGUACCGGAAUACCAUCAGUGAACUUGUGGUCCAAGAAGCAUCCAUCAUAGCCUGCACACACAAUCUAACCGGCACGAUUAUCAUCAAAAGCAACUUUGACAAAGAUAAACAGGCUCUUGAACCAGACGUGCUCAUACCCCUUAUAACUCCAAACAAGCAGAAACUUAUUCUAGGAACAAUCAGAGGAGGUGACCAGCAACAACUCCCUCCUCUAUCAAUCACAGCAUCUGAGGUCCCUGGGUACAACGAAUUCGGAUACCAGAUGGGAAGAGCGCUCUUUGACCGACUUCGUCGUUCCCAAUUUCCCUUUACACUAGUUUCUGAGCAACACCGUAUGCACCCGCGCCUCUCCAGAUUUCCAUCCGAGUUCACCUACAAUGGAAGAAUGACCAAUGACCCGGUCGUUCACUCAGUUUCCGUUGGUCCUGAGUUGUCAGCACCAGGUGCCAACUUCAAAAGAGGUAUGGAACUCAUCGGUAUCGAUGUCACUGAUGGAAAAGCUGUGGUUAAUGGAAAAACUCGCUCGCGUUCAAACAUUGCCAAUGUCACUGUCGUUAUGGAGCUCGUGGAGUUUCUGAUUAGUCGCGAUGCACUCAAGGGAAGAACUUCCGCUAUCAUCACGACGUAUGCAGAUCAGAGAAAAGAGUACGUCCGCAGCCUGAAGAAGUUGUCGGAAAGGCUCAGUAUCGCUUGGAAGGACAUGAUAAAAAUAGCCACGGUUGACUCCAUGCAGGGCCACGAAGUGGAUUUGGCCAUAUUGGAUUGGGUUGUGGACUCAGGGGCGAAGUCUCAUUUAGGCUUUGCCUCCGACAAUCGCCGCACGAACGUCGCCCUCACCAGGGCAAGGGCAUGUUUGAUCGUGGUCGCCAAUGGAGCUAUCCUCAACAACGACCGUCUGAGUGAGCGAAAGCCGACACACCUUCACCCGGAAGUCCUGGCGCAUUGGAACAGUUUGUUCCUUAAUGGUCUCGUUGUGGACGUCCGUGCUGGUCUGAUGACAAGCAAUGCCGAUGGUCAAGGAGAACUUUAA